AUGGAAAUGGACGAUCUCGCGUGGGAGAGAAACGAUAUUGAACUGGAGCAAUGGGAGCGAUCUUUAAAUAAAGCCACUAUCUAUCGCGAAAUCGCAAACUUCAUCAUCAAGCAUCGCCCCGCAACCAAGUUCCCGGACGAAAAGGUUCGCUAUGAAGUCGCAACAAUGAGAUAUGUUGCAGCCAACACUACCAUUCCAGUACCCAAAAUAUACCACUGGGGGUCGGCAGAAGAACAUCCAUUGGGACUUGGACCGUUUAUGAUAAUGGAAUACAUUGAGCAUGAUAGGACUUUGUCUCACGCCCUUCAUGAUCGAACACUGGGCCCGACGGACCCCCAUUCACUCGACCCCAACAUCAGCAUCGAGAAGCUUGAGUUUCUAUACCGCCAAAUGAACAUGAACUCCAUUCUUGAUCUCACCGGCGCACCCGCAAGUCUGCUACCUGUCAAAGAUCAAACUUUUACCACAUCGACUGAGUGGUAUUUAGCCAUGGCUGAAAUGGACCUGAUGCAGCUGGCCUUUCAGCAAAACAGUGCUGUUGAAGACGAGGAUGAUGUUCGCGAUAAAAAAAACGGCGGAACCGGCUUCCGGCUCUUCUUAGAGGAUUUGCGACCCUCAAGCGGCUUGGUCGGCAAGGACCUCAAAGUCGUCGGCGUUAUCGACUGGGAAUUUGCUUAUGCAGAUGGCAGCUCUCACCGAUGUGACGCCCUGAUCAUAGAGCAAUCGGGAGUACGAGCUCUUGAGUUGCAUCAACUUUCCAAGGAUCAAGUCCUAUCUAGAGCCAAAAAAGUACAAUCUUUUGAGCCUCUCGGAUGGCUUUGGGAUGUUAUUGUCAGCUUGGCCUUACCAAGCUUCUAG